AAUAUCACACCCACACAACAAUGUUGCCAUCUUUUCCAAACAAAGAUUUUAAAAUUUUGUUGGAUGGUUUGCCUAAAAUUAUUAAUGACGUCAUAUGGAGAAGCGUAGUUUCAGUUCAUUUUAUAUGACAAAUAAUAUUUAAUCAGCAGUUCAGUUGACAUGGAAAAGGCUAGUGAAAAUUUAAUCAUUGUCACAGGUUUUGGUCCAUUUGGGGGAUUUGAAGCAGUCAACCCCAGUUGGGAAGCAGUGAAGUUGCUGCCUGAUAAUUUCGAGUCCAAUAAAACGCCAUAUAACAUUGAAAAAUUAGAAGUACCUGUUGAAUAUGCAGCUGUAGAUAAGGCCAUUGAAGAGAUAUGGUCGCGUAAUCCGAUUUUGGUCAUACAUUGUGGAGUGCACAGUGCAAGCAAAUGCGUCUUGGUGGAAAAAUUGGCGUAUAACAACUGUUUUAUGAGAAAAGACUUUUCUGGAUGUACUUUGCAGAACGGUUCAGCGAGUCUGAAAAAUAGCAAAACUAAAUUCAUUUACACUGGCUUGGAUGUGAAUAAAAUUAUUAAAACUAUUGAGGAAUGUCACUGUAAAUCAGCUGAAGCUGCAGCGCAGUCGAGUCGUAAUCCUGGAAACUACUUGUGUGGAUACAUAUAUCUAAAGUCAUUGGAUAUCAAUCGAAAUCGCAGUCUCUUUGUGCAUGUUCCGCAAAUCGAUAAACCAUUUUCUUCUCAGGAGGUUUCAGAUAUGAUUUUCAAUAUUGUUCAGGAAUGUGUACGUCAAAUAGAGGAAGACAAUGUUUGAUAGGAUAAGUCUUGCUUUCUGCUGUUUUUAUAUUCGUUUGAUGCAUUUGAACAAAUAUUUGUUAAAAAUUUUAAGGAAGUGUCUUACUAACAAUUAAUUAUAUAUUUAAUAUUAUAUUAUUAUUAAUAAAUGUAUUACUUACAAUAUUAAGUAUUAAGAAAAAUCUUUGUUCGCUUGUCUGGGCUCUAAAAAUUACGAUCGUGGACUGUUACCUGACAAGUAUUACCAUUAAUCAAAAUAAUAUGUUUGGAUUUUUUUUUACUAAAAUAUUUUCAAAUAAAUAACUAUUU